AUGUUCUGCCUGAGAACCUGGGCGUCUCUCCUGGUUUUCCUCAGCACCGCGAGUCCUCUAUAUACCGUUCUAUUCCUAUUCGGCAACUAUUGGCUUACCCGACCAUGUGUAUACUGUAGCUUCCUUCUCUGCUGCAUUACCUUCUCCCUCUUGGAUUUUGAAGCGGACUGGUUCGAGCCACGAUGGUCUGGCGCAUCGACCUCGAUAACGGAAGCCGCAAGUUCGGUUAUGAGCGGCAAUGCGACGCUUACGGAGGCUGUAUUCCAGACGGCCGGCCUAGCAGCAUCAGCACUUAAUGGGACCGGUGGAUCCUUGGCUAGCGUGGCGAUUGAGGGUGUGAAGCGCAAGAUGGCAACGGGCGGGAUGGGAGCAGAGGUCGUGAAUGGAGCAAACGGAAGCAACGUGUUCGAAUGGAUCAAGGGAAUGUUGGAGAGGCUACAAUUCYGGAUACCCUGUGUUAAUGUUACUGUGCGGCUAUGA